AUGAUCACUCGUCUUCUGGAGGACAAGGUUGUUGUCGUGACAGGCAGCAGCACGGGCAUCGGCGCCGCCAUCGCGAUCGCAUGUGCGAACCACGGCGCCCGCGCACUCGUCCUACACCACCUGGACGCGUCGACGCUACCCGACGUCCAGGCCGUGCGGACCCAAGUCGAGGCUGCCGGCGCACAAUCAUCUCUUGUCCAAGGCGACAUUGCCGACCCCUCAACUUCCUCCGCCUUGGUAGAGGCCGGAAAGGCAUUCGGGCGAAUCGACGUGUUAGUCUCCAACGCCGGUAUCUGUCCGUUCCACGCGUUCCUGGAUCUCCCACACACCCUCUGGCAACGCGUUCAGGACGUCAACCUCAACGGCGCAUUCUAUGCCGUCCAAGCAGUGGCGAAUGCCAUGGCGACACAGGAACCACGCGGGGGAAGUAUUGUUGCCAUUAGCAGUAUCUCGGCUCUUAUGGGUGGCGCCGAACAGUGUCAUUAUACACCGACAAAGGCGGGGAUCAAGAGCUUGAUGGAGAGCUGUGCAAUCGCCCUCGGACCCAUGGGGAUUCGGUGUAAUUCCGUCUUGCCAGGUACGAUUGAGACGAAUAUCAAUAAGGACGACUUGCAGAACCCCGAGAAGCGGGAGAAGAUGGUCGGUCGGAUUCCAAUUGGGAGGCUUGGCGAGCCGGACGAUAUCGCGCAGCCGGUCGUGUUCUUCGCUAGUGACAUGGCCAAGUAUUGUACCGGGGCGAGUCUGCUCGUCGACGGUGGUGCGGCAAUCAGCCUUCAAUAG